GGAGCUUUGCAAAACUACAAAUCCCAGGAUCCCACAGGAAUGGGGCUAUGGAAUCCUGGAAUUUAUAGUUUCACAAAGCUCUCCAAACCUUCCUUCCCAAAUUGCUUUGCAAAAUACAAAUCCCAGGAUCCCACAGGAAUGGGGCUAUGGAAUCCUUGGACUCAUAAAGUUCUCUAAACCUUCCCUCCCAAGGUGCCUCUCAAUACUACAAAUCCCAGCAUCCCACAGGGAUGGCUCUAUGGACUCUCAUGCUUUGUAGUUUCCCAAAGGUCUCCAACCCUUCCCUCCCAGCCCCAAGGUGCCUCUCAAAACUACAAAUCCUAGGAUCCCAAAGGGACAGGGCUGUGGAACCCUGGGCUUUGUAGUUUCCCAAAGGUCUCCAACCCUUCCCUCCCAGUCCCAAAGCGUCUCUCAAAACAACAAAUCCCAGGAUCCCCCAGCCUUGAGCCGCGGCUAUUAAAGCAGUGUCAAUCUGCAAUGAAAGAUACUUGGGAGGGGGCGUGGCUAAUACUUGGGGGCGUGGCUAAUACCUGGGAGGGGCGUGGCCAAUCCCUGAGAGUGGCGUUCGAAUCGAACCUUCAGGGAGGAGGAGUGAGUUUUUUUGCGCGUGUUGCUUUGCCUUCCGCGGAAGCGCGUCCUCCCGGGCUUUCCGUAGCGUCACGUCACGUGGUUUGCUCACCUGGGGCCCAGGUGAGGGCGGAGCCGGAGACGCCGUUCACCUGGCUGGGCAGUACAUAAGCCAAGAAGGAGAGGGACCCAAGGGAAGGAGAAAGGGAAGAAGAAGUAGGGAAAGGUGGUCGUUUCCCCCCUCAGUUUCUUUUCCAUCAGAACUGCAGGACAGGUAAUACAGUUUAUUAUUGUUGUUGUUAUUAUUACUACUAUUAUUAAAGUACAUAAACUGUACAUAAAACAAGAAAGAGGGAACCCCAGAAAAGGAGAAAGGUAACAAAAAGGAGAGGGGGGGAAAUCCCCCUCGUUUUCUUUGCCUCAGAGCUGCAUGACAGGUAAUGCUAUUUAUUAUUGUUAUUGUUAUUAUUGAAGCUUUCCAAGUGUAUAAAAUGAAAGAGCAACAGUACAUAAAACAAGGAAGGGGAGAGGCCCAGGAAAAGAAUAGAGAAAAGGUAACAACAACAAAAAGUAGGAAGAGAUAUUAUUAUUAUUAUUAUUAUUAUUAUUAUUAUUAAUAAUAUUAACAGUACAUAAAACCAGAAAGGGAGAAUCCAAAGGAAAGAAUAAAGGUAACAAAAUAUAGGGGGAAAUAGUUUAUUCCCACUUUCUUUUUAAUCAAAGCUGCGUUACAGAUAAUCCUUUUUAAUUGGCAUUUACAAAUAUAGAAAACAAAACAACAGUGCAUCAAACAAGAAGGAGAAAAGCACAAAGGACAGAAUAGGACAGUAAAAUAUAGAAGUAUUUAAAUCACUUUUUAAAAUCAAAGCUGCGGUUCAGUUUUGCUUUUCCUUGUAUGAAAAGCCAAGGAAAUAAUGAUUUUCAGGUCAGGUGCCACUUACCUUGUCAGAGGUUUGCUUGUGUUUGUGGGAGAUGUUGCUUUUGGGUAAAUCAUACAGGGAACUGUUUUAAAAAAGCUUUGAUUGUGGGAAUGUAAGUGGUUUUAGGUCCAAAACACACUGUAGAAAUAGUCCACUUUGAGGCCGCUUUAACUGCCCUGGCUCAGUGCUAUUAGGGAAUCCUGGGAACUGUAGUUUGGUGAGGCAUUUAGGCUCCUCUGUGAGGGAGGUCUGUGUCACAGCAAACUACAGCUCCCAGGAUUCCCCAUGUAAAGUGAUUUGAAACUGGAUUAUUUCUGCAGUGUGUUUUGGACCUUGGAUCCCAAUGGCAGAACCUGACUGCCUCCCGCCUUUUCCAGACAGGAUGACUGGAAGCUCUAUUGAUUUCACUGGGGUUACUCCUGAGUAGGGAGGGUCAAGACUGCAUCUUCAGCUCAGAGGUUUACUGAUGUUUCAGAUCUGGAAGUUCAGCUAAUCCAAUGCAGUGCUGUCUCCAUGUCUAUAGUUCUACAGUCCAGCAAAGGCCCAUCUUGGUCAGCUUUCUGCUCCUACUGUGACCAACCACAUGCCUUUGGGAAUCCCCCAAGCAAGGCAGCCUUCUACCCAGCAUACAGACUUAGACUGAAGAUGCCUUGAGAUGGCCAAAUGAUACAAACAUCUUCACAUUACUCUUUCGUGGUGGCCUUCUGUGCCUCUAAAUCCGGUUCUGCCACUCUUUUGCACAGUAUGACUGGAGGCCACCUCUGACAGAACCACUCUGGAAUUCCUUGUGCCUGCAAAGAGCAACUGAUUAUUUUAUGACUUUAAACUCCUUGGAAACAGGGGCCUGCCACCUUUGAUCUGUGUAAUGUUAGUAAAUGCCAGGAUCUUCUGAAAUGGAUGAAGCAACAGUUUAGGGUCUCACAUAAUCCCAAAGAAGGCAAAACAGAAGGAGUUUAAAGGGUGGCAAGUCAUGCUUGGAAGAAGACAAGUGCAUCGCCAAAAUCUAAGUGACUGCCACCAGCCCCAUGAAGAUGUGGCCGUCUCUCCAAAGAUCAUUACACCCAGGGGGAACAACAUCAACCUGGAGGUGUUCAGUGGCUCCACACCAGAGCUCAAGCUGACCCGCAAGACAGCACGGGAUAGAAAGAACUGUAAAGCUGAUCCCAAAGACAGCAAUGGGAGGGAGGGAGAAACAACCACCUUUAUCUCUGGCACUGCAGAGGAUCCCCAGUCUGUGUGCUGCCCCAGCCUUUCUCGUGCUUGGAGUGCGUACAAAGCAAUCUUCUGCUGUAUUGUGACUUGUGGGGGCUGCUUCAAGGACUGCAGGCCCCAAAUCCCAUACCCGUACAAUGAGGCCUUGACAGAUGAUGUCAAGAAUCGCGAGUGCAAUGGACGCUCACCAAACAGCCCAACCAGUAAUUCUCCCACCGAAAAGAAUGGGAGUCACACCAAAAAGAGCACAGUGGGCAGCAGUUUCAGCUACCCAGAUGUGAAACUGAAAGGGAUCCCAGUUUUUCCGAACCGGAGCCCUGGCUCUCACACAGACACUGACUCCUGUUACAAGGAGCCUCUGCCAGAAAAGAGUCCCUGGACCAACCUAGAAAAGCAGCAUCCUCCCAGUAGCCAUCGAAGCUCUGAGGAACAUUAUUCCUUCCAUGAAUCAGAUCUCGAAUUUGGUGAGCUGAACAGCUCCAUGUCCAGUAGGGAGAUCGAUGUCUUGAUUUUCAAGAAACUGACCGAGCUUUUCAGUGUCCACCAAAUUGAUGAAUUGGCCAAGUGUACCUCAGACACGGUCUUCCUGGAAAAGACCAACAAGAUCUCUGACCUCAUCAACAGCAUCACUCAGGACUAUCACCUGGACGAACAGGAUGCUGAGUGUAGGCUGGUUCGGGGGAUCAUUCGCAUCAGCACACGCAAAAGCCGGGUCCGGCCUCGUAUCUCUGUCCCCACUCUCCCGAGUCAGGAAGAGAAUGGCAACCGGGGCAACCCACCUGACAGCGGCAAUGAGACUAUGUUGGCAUCUGUGCUCACUAGUGAAGAAGAUUUAUCUGUUCAGAUAUCUGUAGAAACCACAGCAGAUGUGAAAGCCAGGAACAUGAGGCAUGGGCUUUAUAGUGCUGCAGGUUCUCCAUUGAGCAGAGGCUCUUCUUACCAAGACACAGAGACAGAUUCUUCUGGAGCUCCUCUACUUAAAGCAUAUUGCUGAGAAGAUGGACCUUAGGAACAUCAGUGGGCAACAAAUCCAUUGGGGCGAGUUCCUGUUUUAUGAACGACAAGAACAGUCCCGCUUAUUGGUUUGAUCUUAAAGAUCAUCUUGCCUCAUUUUAACUUAAGUUUUGAGAGGCCCUGACAAACAGGUCUAGAAGGAAAAUACAUCCAUAUCCACAGAUUCAUUAUCCACAGAUUCAACCAUUCAUGGCUUGAAAAAAUUAUGAAUUCCAAAAAGCAAACCGUGAUUUUGCCAUCUUAUAUAAUGGACACCAUUUUACUAUGUCGUUAUAUUUAAUGUGACUUGAGCAUCCAUGGAUUUUGGUAUUCGUGGGGAUCCUGGAACUAAACCUUAGUGAAUAUCAAGGACCCACUGGAGCAGGCAAAGGAUAACAGCCUGUACAGUAGGAGCAAUCCAUUUUGCCUUCUAAGGACUGUUGCAAUUUUCCAAGUUCAAUUUGCUGAAAAUGUGCCUUCAGAUGUCCACUUGGUGCCUUUGUUUUUUGGGGGGAUAACCUUCAUCUGUCAGCACUAGGGAUGUUCACUGUGUUUAGCAAUUAUUCACUGUGAAUAGCAAUUAUGGCUUUUUACACAUGUUCUUCUAUGUGAUCAUUCCAGAUGCAAAAGCCAAAGGACAUGAAUACUCUUGCCAUGCAAGAUUCCACAUUUUGACUUUAGUUUUUCUGAUGGUGCUUGUCCAUUUGAUGGUACAUGAAGAUUUGGAGGGCUGGUUUCUAUGGCUGCAUGCCAUGUUUUAACCUAAAAGUGCCUUGACAGCAUGCAAUAACAAAGAGUCUUCAGGCAACAUGUUAUUUGGGAUGAUCUUCCAGAAGUUUCAAGCUAUGUUAACUCAAGCCAGUUGACAUUAGUUGCAAACAUGCUGGCCAAGAUCUGAGUUUGUGUGGAUUGUUGGCUGAUUGUAAGAACAAUGUUUCAGUUAACUGCCAACCGUCUUUUAGAGUCAGGAAUCAAAGUUGGAAUUGAGCAAAUUGUUCUUUAGUAGUCCUAUUGAAAACAGUGAGGCUGAACCAGAAUAGAUGGUCUGUGGGUUGCAGUUGAAUACCAUGGGAUGUUGCUUCAAAUGAAAUAUGUCAGUUCCUCUUUUCACUAAUCUUAUCCCUCCCUUCCUUUCCAGAGUUAAUUCUUGGCAAGUAAGAUAAGCUGGUUUAUAACCAAGCAAAUCAUAGUUUUCAUUGUAAUUGCCAAGCUCAAGAAUGCCAUUGAGAAACUCUCCCUGAUAAGUUUUGGCUAUUAGAGAGGAACAAGGACUUUGAGGGAGAUGGAUAGGAAUUUGCUGUAUAUCUACAGAGGCAAAUUGGUUUCAGACUAAUUCGUUUUAUCUCCUCUUGAAGAACAAUAGGAACAGUAGUUUAAGGCAACCCUUUUGGGGAUAUUCAUCUGCAAAACUGAAAUACCCAAGGUUGCUUGGCUGAAAGCAAGUUAAAAAGUUUGAAACUGGUUUUAAAUUUGUAGUUCAGAUGUGUCAGAUAGCUCCCGAGAGAGUACAGUUUUCAUGAAAGCUAUGCUUUCAGUGUAAUGCUUCAGCUCUAUUUUGCUUCCCCUUAAAAGUUGCAAAAGGGACUGUGAUGUAAAUAGAAUUGUCCUACCACUGGUGUGGGUACUUUCACCAACAUCUGGACAUAACCUUCUACCAUUGUACAGUUAGAGUCAUCUCUAGAGUUGUAUCCUUGUCUUUGCUUGAGCAGCAGAAUUGCUUCAACUUAAGAGAAAGUUAGAAUGAAUCCUAACAGGACCAAUUGUGUAUAUUGUAGAUAUAACAAUGCAAGGUAAAGUUUUAACACUGGAUUCUUGUUUCAUGGGGACAUACUCCCUUCCAAAUGCAAGAAAUUUGCUUUAAGACUCGCAACUCACAGUUCCAGCUGUGGGAAAGGGAGAGACCCAAGUUGUCACUAGACAUGCUGCCACAGGGUCCAGGGCACCACACCUUGAUCAACUCCCAUCAAUACACCUGAGCUCAUGGGCAACAAUGUGGCUUUUUCAGAUCCUGCUUUCCUAAUCAGGUCCUAUUUGGCUGCAACAUUUGAUCUGAAUUAAUGUGGUGGUGGCUAUAGAAAUGGUGGCCACAAUCCCAGAGCCCAAUAAAUUUGCAGAUCAUUGAGGGGGAUGAGGGUAUGUAUGCCUGCAUGCACUCAUACACAAAGUAGGAAGAACAUAUCCCACCCAUCCCAAUUGCCACUCAAACUAAAAGAUCAACACAGGCAAACUCCAUCUUACUCCUUUUUUCCCACCUUCCAGCCCAUGAAGCCUGCCAGGUGGCUCUGUAUUCUUCCCUUGCCUGGGGCAGAAAAGAAAUCCUUAGCUUGCCAUGUUCCUUUGUACAACUGAUAUCCUUUGGGUCACUGGCCAUUUAUUCAUUCUGAACUCAAUCUUGACCACUCUUGGUGUGUAAUUUUUGUCUUUAAAUGCGCACUCUAAAUUGUGACUAACACAAUGGGAGACAUGGUGAUAAACCUGUGCUGCUUUUUUUUUUCUAAUGUGCCAAUUGAAAUGUCCCUUGUUGCCUCACUUCUGCACUUUUAUGUCUCAUAUGAACCUUGGCCUGUCUGGAGGAAUGGUUUAGAAAUGUAGGGCAUGGUGGCUAUUACUGAAUCUUAGGUAACUUUGAUUCCUCUUGUGCUUUGGCAUUUUUUUUAGAAUGAGGAAAUUAGCCCUUUUUGUUUAAAAACAAAACUCUUUAUGUUUCUACAAAGCUUGCUCUCUUCCAUUUGUACAAAGGGACUAAUCUAAAGGAGGAGGAGGAGGCAGCAGUUAAGAAAGAGUGAAUACUCUGCCUUUUGUAAAUAAAAACAUCACUUUUACAGAGUAGUAUAAUGACUGCUUCUGGCUACAUUUGGAAAUAAAAUCUGAAACAUGUA